GAGCUGAAGGUCGAUCAAAGCUAGAAAAGGGGAGAAGAGGAGAGAGGAGGGGAAAGGGAGGUGGGGAGAGCUAAAUCGAGUAAAGGGCAGAUAAAGGAGAGGGUGAAACAAGAACUAACGUGCACAUUCACGGAAACACCGCACAGAGUCACUUCCGCCCGCACGAAAGAUGGCGGCUGACUUGAUGGAGAAAUUGUCGGGAUAUUUGGGUUCCCCGGAACCGGCGGUUCGGCUAAUUUUGUCUAUUCUAAUUGGGUACCCUUUUGCCCUGGUCUACCGGCGGUAUUUCUUCCAUCAGUCCCCCUCCACUAUUCACCUGUUCCACACUUUCUCUGGGCUAGCGCUUGCAGCUUUCAACUUUGGCUCUCAGCUCUGUCAUUCCGCAGUAUGUAUUGUUGUCCAGUUCCUGUUGCUGAGGCUUAUGGGAAGAACAAUGACAGCCGUAUUGAGCAGCUUUCUGUUUCAGAUGAUGUACCUGCUGUGUGGAUAUUACUACACUGCCACAGAUCAGUAUGACAUAAAAUGGACCAUGCCUCACUGCGUACUCACGCUCAAGCUUAUCGGUUUGUCAUUUGAUUACUAUGACGGUGGGAAGGAAGCAUCCCAGCUUAGUGCAGAGCAGAAGAAGGGUGCCCUGCCUACAGUUCCCACUCUCCUGGAGGUCUGUGGCUUCUCCUACUUUUAUGGCGGUUUCUUGGUGGGGCCACAGUUCACUCUCCGGAGUUACCAGAAGCUGGUCUCUAGGGAGCUCACUGACUGUCCUGGACAGCCACCCAACAGUGUAUUUUCUGCUAUGAAGCGAUUUUCUUUGGGUCUUGUCUGCCUGGCAAUCUUCACCAUAGGAAGUCCCAUCUACCCUGAUAGCUACCUCCUUACAGAUGACUAUGAGGCCCAACCUUUCUGGUAUCGUUGUGUGUACAUCCUCAUCUGGGCUAAAAUCAACCUGUAUAAAUAUGUCAGCUGCUGGGUCAUCGCGGAAGGGGUUUGCAUCCUCACUGGACUGGGCUACAACGGGCAGGAUGCAAAUGGGGUGACCCAGUGGGAUGCCUGUGCAAAUAUGUUGGUCUGGCAGUAUGAGACCACGCCGCUCUUCACAGGAACGAUCGCCUCCUUUAACAUCAACACAAACGCGUGGGUGGCUAGACACGUGUUCAAGCGGCUGAAGUUCCUGGGCAACAAGAUGGCGUCUCAGGUGCUGACGCUGCUGUUCCUGGCUGUGUGGCACGGCCUGCACUCCGGCUACAUCCUCUGCUUCUCCAUGGAGUUCAUCAUUGUCACCGUUGAGAGGAAGGCCAUGGCGCUGGUGAAAGACAGUCCACUCCUGACCCGUCUGUCUGUCAGCCCACUGUAUCCCCUUAUCUACUGUGUACAGCAGUUUGUGCACUGGCUGUUCAUGGGAUACCCUCUUGUGCCCUUCUGUCUCUUCACCUAUGACAAGUGGCUCAAGGUGUAUUCAUCAGUCUAUUUCUGUGGUCACGUCUUUUUCUUCUGCGCCUAUCUUAUCUUGCCAUACCUCCGCAUGGUGCUGGUGCCUAGGAAAAGAGGGGACGAGAAAAAGGAGGAAUAGAAAUAUGGGUCUCUUGGGUUGGAACAUUCAGCCUAAGUCUGACUGAAGGGAACUCUGACUUUCAAACAGGAGCAGAUCAGAGCAUAU